AUGACGGUGCAGCGCGACGAGCGCGAUGCGCGCGCGCCGCGAACCCGCUUCAUGAUCACCGACAUCUUGCACGAUGCGGCGCCCAGGGAUCUCAGCGCACACAGAGAUUCCGACUCGGAUAGGUCGGCGACCGAUUCGCCAGGUGUCAAAGAUGACUCUGACGAUGUGUCCAGUAAAAGCUGUGGUGGGGAUUCCUCGGGGCUGGCGAAGAAGCAGCGAAAAGCGAGAACAGCCUUCACGGACCACCAGUUGCAGACUCUUGAAAAGUCCUUCGAGAGACAAAAAUACCUCAGUGUGCAAGAUCGCAUGGAACUGGCCGCGAAACUUGGCUUGACAGACACGCAAGUGAAAACCUGGUAUCAGAAUCGAAGGACGAAAUGGAAAAGGCAAACAGCGGUAGGAUUAGAACUGUUGGCGGAGGCUGGCAACUACGCUGCUUUCCAGCGUUUGUACGGAGGGUACUGGGCGGGGGUGCCCGCGUACCCGGCGCAGCCCGCGCCGGCCGCCGCGGACCUGUACUACCGGCAGGCCGCCGCCACCGCCGCCGCUGCUGCCUCUGCCACGGCGAACACCCUGCAGAAACCAUUGCCAUAUCGGUUAUACCCAGGUGCGCCAUUAGGUGGCGUGCCUCCUCUAGGGCUUGGCCUACCAGGGCCCUCGGCGCAUCUCGGUUCCCUCGGGGCUCCCGCGCUGGGCGCUCUAGGAUACUAUGCGCAAGCGCGCCGCACGCCUUCUCCAGACCUCGACCCUGGCAGUCCAGCGCCGCCACCGCGCUCUCCCAGAGAACCUUCCCUAGAAAGACGCUCUGAUGACGAAGAAGACGACGAACCUAUACAUGUAUAAUCCAGUGAUCUUGAGGUAUAUUAAUAAGAUAAUAGACAAACCAGUGAUUGUGACGGAAAUAUAAACAAUAAAAGUGAAUGAUAGAGAUGACUAUUUAAAGUGACGCUUGUGAAAGUAAUAAAAUGAAUAAUAGUGAUCAUACAGCUUCAUUUGCAGGGACAAAAUUAAGAAGCCAUAAUUUUUGGUAAACCUGAUUUACAUUA